UGGCACGAAACACUUCUGGCAGAGAGUACAGCGAGCCGAAGACAAAGCCGUCAUGAGGGUCCUCGUGACCACCUUUGCCUUGGUGCUCAUUGCCAGAGGCAGCUUGGCCGAAGAAGGUUCUUCAACUGCGCGUGCUGUCGAGGAUGAGGUAACACAACCCGCGCCCAGGCGCAUCGAGCCACCCACCGCUUCGAGCCCGAGGCCCCAGCUUCCCUGGCGACCCUGGCCACAACCUUGGCCACAGCCUUGGCCAAACCCUUGGCCACAGCCUUGGCCUCAACCAUGGCCUCAACCGCACCCGUGGCCUCAACCGCAGCCAUGGCCCCGGCCUCAUCCACAACCUGCACCAUUGCCAAACCCAGCGCCUCAACCCUGGCCUCAGCCCUGGCCCCGUCCUCAGCCUACGCAACGGCCACGCCCUGGACCUGAACACAGUCGCCGGCCAUGGCAGCAGCCGCUUCCCGACCCCGUGGUGCCCUAGGACAAGACUUAUCUUCCGCGUACUGGCAGCAAGAGAGGCGCUGAACACCCUGCAGGGGCAGAGACCAGAGCUUCCAUGGACCAGAUAAGCACAUGCGCGCUCCAGGGACCGCAUAAGUCGUAUUUGGUUAACUGAAAACCUAGGAUGACCCAUCAUGUGGAACCUUGCUGGCUGUGGCCGAAAAUAUUUACCACGUCGGGAACAACCUUUACUGUUUACUGCUCUCUGCAAAAGCGCAAUAAAAUUUCUGAAGAACAAGCAACAAAAUUAUUU